AUGAACCGGGAGCAGGCUGAAGAUGAUAUCAGAUACCCUUCGCUCUUGACGGUCAUCCUAGAUACAAACCCGCACGCCUGGGCUCAGCUUCAAGAGACUCUCCCGCUAUCAUCUGCCGUAGCGAACCUGCUCGUCUUCAUCAACGCUCAUCUGGCGUGCAACUACGCAAACAAGGUCGCCGUCGUGGCCAGUCACAGCCAGCACGCAGUAUGGCUCUAUCCAACUCCCCCAGCUGCCGACGCGCAAAAGCAACACCACCAGCACCGGCCGUCCAAUAACGACCGCGACGGAGAUACACCCAUGACCGACUAUGGAGAACCCGCGGCCUCCCCGCAGAUCCAGCAGGGCCAGCAGAGCCAGCAGCAGCCGAACAAAUACCGUCCGUUCCUCCUAGUCGAGCAGCAGUUGACUCGCAACCUUAACCAGCUCCUCACGCGCACCCGAGCAGAAGAAAUAUCGCCCUCCACUUCCACCAUGAUGGCCGGUGCUCUUACGCUCGCCCUCAGCCAUAUCAAUCGUGAGACCAUCGCCUACCUGGAAGCACACGGCACCGCGGCCGGCUCCGACGGUGCGGGAGGCGGCGCGAGCGGACUCCCUCCACCUCCCGGCGGCGCUGCUCCUGCUUCAGCCUCGUCGACAAGCAACAGCACUGACUCGCCCGCCGGCGGAGGCGGCGGCGGCCUCCAAUCCCGUAUCCUCAUCAUAUCCGUCAGUAGCGCCGCAGACUCCGCGCAGCAGUACAUACCCAUCAUGAACAGCAUAUUUGCCUGUCAACGUCUCCACAUCCCUAUCGACAUCUGCAAGCUAUCCGGGGACGCUGUCUUCCUUCAGCAGGCGUGCGACGCUACUCGUGGGAUUUACAUAUCCGUAGACUCCCCGCGCGGCUUCCUGCAAUAUCUCAUGCUCGCCUUUCUGCCUGAUCAGCGAGCAAGGCGGAACUUGAUACUGCCUACCCGGGUCGAUGUGGACUUCCGAGCGGCUUGCUUUUGUCACAGGAAGGUUGUAGAUGUCGGGUUUGUGUGUAGUAUCUGCCUGAGUAUCUUCUGCGAGCCGCCAGAGGGAGCCAACUGUCUGACGUGUGGCACGCAUCUGGCGUUGGGUGACUACGGGGCCAAACCCGUCGUCGUUGCGAGGAAGAAGAAGCGCAAGAAGGCCACCGCAAAGCCGCUGAAUGGGAACGGGAAUGGGGGCUCAUCUGGCGCAGUAACCCCGAGUUCGAUGGCCACUACUCCCGCUCCUUGA